AUUUGAGCUUGAGAACGGAGAGAUUCAUUUUUUCCUACGCUGCAAACAGUCUCUGGAACUGAAAGUGUCAUAUGCAGAAUUAGGAUCGAUCGGUUCGUUGUUGGCGGAGGAGAGGAGAAAAGAGACCAGGCAGGCGGAUUCCAUUCCAAGAAGGAGCGCGAUGCGAUGCGAUGCAAGAGAGAAAUCCAUCAAUUUCCAUAUUCCAACCAACUGAAAAAACAUCCUCCGAUCCAACAAGAUCUUGUUGGUUGAGUUGAUUGAAGCAACCAACUCCAACUAACUAACGCAUUCUUCUUCCCCUGCCUUGCACCGCCGUCGUCAGCUCUCUGCUUCUUGCUCGCUGCCGCACCCCAUAAAAGAAAGAGUUUUGCCUGGCUUUGCUACGGUUGAUUGCGACUGCAAUUUCUUUCUCCACCACCUCCUUUUCUUCCCCGUUUAUUGCAGGAGGAGGCAUCGCUCUGCUUUGCUUGCUUUGUGCAGAGUUACUCCAAUCUGCUGGUGGUGGUGGUGGUGGUGAGGGAAUCGUGCAAAAGGCAAGGCGAGCCGAUUGAGGCUGCUGCUGCGCGACCCCGCCGUGUGGCACGCCCACAUCCCUACAUUGAUUGGAUUCCCUCAAAUCAAAGCAAUGGAUGCCUCCUCUUCUUCUUCUUCUUGCACUACCACGGGCACGGAGCACCUGCACCUGCACCUGCACCCGCACCCGCACGACGACGAGUGGCCAGCCGCCCUCUCCAACUACGACUAUCCUUCCUUGCCCACCCUGCCGGGUCUAGGGGAGACCGCGGAGAGGGCGCCGCUCCUGCUGCCCGACAAGAUCAUGGCUGCCGAUGAGAGGGUCCACAUCUCAGAGGAUACGGCGCACCAGAUUAGCGUUGAUCCUUGGUAUCAAGUUGGAUUCGUCCUGACAACGGGGGUGAAUAGUGCAUAUGUUCUUGGAUACUCUGGAUCAAUCAUGGUCCCUUUAGGCUGGAUCGGCGGGACAUGCGGCCUGAUCCUAGCUGCCGCAAUAUCGAUGUACGCUAAUGCUCUUCUUGCAAGACUUCAUGAAGUUGGUGGCAAACGCCAUAUCAGAUACAGAGAUCUUGCUGGACGCAUAUAUGGAAGAAAAAUAUACGCACUUACAUGGGCUCUGCAAUACAUUAAUCUUUUCAUGAUCAACACUGGCUUUAUCAUCUUAGCUGGCCAAGCUUUGAAGGCAACAUAUGUACUCUUUAGGGAAGACGGAUUUCUAAAACUUCCCUACUGCAUUGCAAUAUCAGGGUUUGUCUGUGCUCUUUUUGCCUUUGGAAUCCCUUAUUUAUCUGCUCUCGGGAUUUGGUUGGGAUUCUCCACGGUUUUCAGCCUCAUCUAUAUUGUGAUAGCAUUUGUGCUGUCACUGAGAGAUGGAAUAACCACACCUGCAAGGGAUUAUAGUAUUCCUGGAUCACACUCAACUAGAGUCUUCAGUACAAUAGGUGCUGUAGCAAACCUUGUAUUUGCUUACAACACCGGAAUGCUGCCAGAAAUUCAAGCAACAAUAAGGCCUCCUGUGGUCAAGAACAUGGAGAAGGCUCUAUGGUUCCAGUUCACCGUUGGUUCAUUGCCUCUCUAUGCUGUGACCUUUAUGGGUUACUGGGCUUAUGGUUCCUCAACGUCAGGUUAUCUACUGAAUAGCGUCAACGGUCCAGUUUGGAUAAAAGCCGUAGCAAAUCUGUCGGCCUUUCUUCAGACUGUCAUAGCAUUACAUAUAUUUGCGAGCCCAAUGUAUGAGUUCUUGGACACAAGAUACGGAAGUGGACAUGGCGGUCCUUUUGCAAUCCACAACAUAAUAUUCAGAGUUGUUGUCAGGGGAGGCUACCUCAGCAUCAACACGCUGGUGGCGGCGAUGCUCCCAUUCCUUGGCGACUUCAUGAGCCUGACGGGUGCCCUCAGCACCUUCCCCCUGACGUUCGUUCUUGCAAAUCACAUGUACCUGAUGGUGAAGAGGCAUAAGCUGUCCAGCCUCCAGAAAUGCUGGCACUGGCUGAAUGUUGUUGGGUUCAGCAUAUUGGCUGUUGCGGCCGCGGUUGCUGCGCUACGGCUUAUCAUGCUUGAUUCCAGUACUUACCACCUUUUUGCUGAUCUUUGAAGUUUUUCGGCGGCGAUGGGCUCCUUGAUCAUUUGACAGUUUUAUCUUUUUCUUUCUUCUUUUUUGGGUGUUAGCUCAGCAUAGUAAUGGAAACAGUCAAUUCAAGGCUGCAAUAAUAAUGUAGGCAAUCUUUGGUUGUUUAAAUUCGGUCCGAAUUGCAAGUUGUUUCAGAUAA